CUUCCCACUUCCCACCUCUGAAACCACCCAACCAUCUUCCUCCCCUUUGGAGCCUGAUCGACGAACUCCGGUAAUGGCGCAAGCGCUGGUCGUCGUCGUCUCCGGCCGGCGACGAUGGCGGCUGCACGGGCGCACGUGGAGAGGCUCCGGCGGGAGCGGUACUACAUCGGGCGCGGCGGGCAGAACCCGCUGGCGGAGAACAUGCACCAGGCGGAGAACUACCUGAGCCAGGAGCUCUACUCCAAGGACGUCCACUUCCUCAUGGAGCUCGUCCAGAACGCUGAAGACAAUGAGUACCCUGAUGGAGUAGCACCGUCAUUGGAGUUUCUAGUAACAUCAACUGACAUCACUGGAUCUGGUGCAUCGUCAACUUUACUCAUUUUCAACAACGAGAAGGGCUUCUCUCCAUCGAAUAUUCAGUCUAUUUGUGGCGUGGGCAAAUCAACGAAAAAGGAAACAGGGACAAGGGUUACAUUGGAGAGAAAGGUGAAUCUUUGCAGCUCAUGAAUCCUUUUGUGUUCACUCGGCCAAUUUGAAGCAUUUUAUCUUUUAAUGUUAGAACUUCAAUUUUGUUAGCGCGUCACCGGUUGGAACUUUCCCUGUCAAACGUUAUGGUAGCUGCUAUAUAUCAAAUGACAUAUAAGAUGGGCACAAUUCUAUUUAGCACUUAAUCUAGUGCUUAGUUAGAAUGGUGGUGGAGCAAAUAUUCUCAUAAUGUAUAUGUAUUGCAAAACAAAUUGGGUGCAGCAUGCACAGUAUUGCUUGAGAUGAUUUGUGGUGCAAGAUAUCAUGCGUUCAUUUCCUGACACUCAGAAACAGAGAUGUGUGCAUGUUCUGAAAUAUUAGUGUAAGAAAAUAGUACCGACCA